UUCUCUCUUUCAGUGUCCUUAUACCCUCCCCCCCCUUCCCCGAGCAAUUUCUUCCCUUCGUAACUGUCUUCUGCAGCAUAUUUUGCCCCAAAAUUCUCUCAUUUCCCAUCACGCACAAAGCAGAGAGUAUGGUUGACUCGGCGGUGGUCACCGUCGAUCCUCCACCACCGCCUCUGGUUGGUGAAUUUGAGUCCAGCCUCCCUAUUCCGCCCCUCGACGCCACCUUCUUUUCCGAAAACCUAAUCAGUAAUGAUACUGUACCACGCUACAACCAGAACGACGUCGUCGUUCUGGAAGACCUGGAUUUUGACUUCUCCUUUGAUGAUCUCUGCCUUCCUUCCGCUGCCGACUUCGGCGACCUUCUCAAUUCCACUCAGUUAGAACAAUCCAAUUCCCAAUCUGGAUUCGACCGAAAUCAUGCCCAAUUGGGGCCGAGUUUGGAUCAGUUGCAUGCCGUUUUCAAAUCGACUUCUGCGGAACUCCGUCAUCUUUCUGGAGGCGACGAUUUUUCAGGUGAUCAUAGCUUGGAUGGUUCCGGGGUUUUGAGUUCCGCUUCGCCGGGGAUGGAGUCUCAUCAGAUUUCUGGCUAUCUCAACAUGCCGUCGCCGGAAUCGAACGGAUCAAAUCGCAGUAGCGCCGAAAAUUCUGGUGCUGAUGAAAAUGGCUUGAAUUGCCCUUCACCAGAAUCUCAGGGUUCUGGGAAUUUUGGGUCUAAUGUCUCGGAGGACUCGAAUAAUGGCCCUGCUAGAUCGGUAAGUUAUUCGCCAAAUUCAAGUGAUAAUUCGAUUCGAACUGGAGUAGUUGAUCAGAAGAUUAAGUUAGAGGAGUCUGGUAAUGAUAAUGGCAAUAAUUCUUUGCUGAAAAGGAAAAAGGGAGGUGAAGAUUUGAUGAAUAAUGCAGAGCCGAGGACCAAUAAGUAUAGGAAAUCUAACUGUAGUGCAGAGAAUAAUAAUAGUACCGAGAACAAUAAUAGUACCAAUACUGAGGGGGUGAAUGAAGAAGAAGAGAAAAGGAAGGCAAGGUUGAUGAGGAAUCGGGAGAGUGCUCAAUUAUCUAGACAGAGGAAGAAACAUUACGUAGAGGAGUUGGAGGAAAAGGUGAGGUCAAUGCAUUCGACGAUUCAAGACUUGAAUGCGAAGAUUUCAUACUUUAUGGCAGAAAAUGCGACUCUGCGUCAACAAAUGGGGGGUGGUGGUGCCCCUGCUGCAGUUCCGCCUCCUCCAAUGGCACAGCCACCUCCUGGGAUUUACCCGCAUCCAGCCAUGAUGUAUCCAUGGAUGCCAUGUCCUCCACCUUAUAUGAUGAAAUCACAAGGGUCUCAAGUGCCUUUGGUGCCGAUCCCAAGGUUGAAACCUCAUAAACCAGCACAGGCACCAAAGACGAAUAAGAAGGUCGAGAGCAAGAAGAAUGAGGGGCCAAAGACCAAGAAAGUUGCAGGUGUUAGUUUUCUUGGUUUGCUGUUUUUCAUAAUGUUGUUUGGAGGCUUGGUUCCAAUGGUUAAUGUGAGAUAUGGAGGAGUUAGGGAAGCAUUCACAGGUGGAGAAAGUUAUAUUGGAGGUGGGUUUAAUGAAAAACAUUAUGGGAGAGUGUUAAUGGUGAAUGGUACUGAGUAUAGUGAGAGACAUGGUGGUAGAAGAGAUAGCAGUAGUAACAGUGGUGUACAAUGUGGUCAAAGAAGUGGAGCAGAGCCAAGUGCUGAUGAACUUGUUAGAUUGAGGAAUGGGAGUGAACCUCUUGCAGCUUCAUUAUAUGUUCCUAGAAAUGACAAGCUGGUUAAAAUAGAUGGAAAUUUGAUUAUCCAUUCAGUAUUGGCAAGUGAGAAAGCCAUGGCAUCCCAUGGGAAGGGGGGUGGUGAGACCGGUCUGGCAGUUCCUGGAGAUCUAGCUCGUGCAAUUUCUGUCCCAGGUGUGGGAAGACAUGGUGCUAGACUUC